UUUAGAAGCACUUCGCUUUCGGCGGCCGAUCUUCUAGUGAUUCAUUAGAUUUGCCCUCGGCUUAGGGUCAGAGCUGUAGGCGCCAUGUCAGGCCAAGAAGGUGGCAAAAAGAAGCCCUUGAAACAGCCCAAGAAGCAGACCAAGGAGAUGGACGAGGAAGAUAAGGCUUUCAAGCAGAAACAGAAGGAGGAGCAGAAGAAACUCGAGGAAAUGAAAGCCAAGGCAUCGGGCAAGGGCCCCCUGGCCACAGGUGGAAUUAAGAAAUCUGGCAAAAAGUAGAAGGAAGUUGUAUCCUGGAGCCUGUUAAACAUCUGGAUUCCCUGCCAUAAUAUCUGUGUCACAUACAGCUAGAAUGGAGUGUUAUCCUGAAGCCUAUUGUAAAUUGUAAUAAACGUUUGUAAUAAAAAU